GUUGACACCGUAACGUGUUUCGUCUGACAAAAUGAGUAAACGAUUGAAGCUGGCUGGUCUCUCGGCAUCAAGAACUUUACGUUCAGGCAAAACCUUCGUUAACGCAGACUCCUCGGAGAAAACGUCACCCUACUUCGGUGAUGAAGAGAAAAGAUUGGCGAGGACUAGCACAAAGAAACAUGUACUGAUUAAGAUCAAGCAUGAAAUGGUAGAGAACGAAACAAAUAUCAAAGAGACACCAAUAAAAAGUGAAAAUGUGGAGCUGUCGACAGAUGUACAAGAUAUCAAGACUGAAGAAUGUGAGAUAAAGAACGAGAAUGUAGAAUUCAAAUUGGAUCCAAAGAAUGUUGAAGAUAAGAAACAGUGGAUGCCACCGAAUUGGGAAACUAUUCUUGAAAAUAUUAAAGAAAUGAGAAAGAGCGAGACAGCUCCAGUUGACACAAUGGGCUGUCACAAGUGUACAGAUCCUGAUGCCAGUCCUGUAGUAUCUAGAUAUCAAGCACUAGUAGCUCUGAUGCUGAGUAGUCAAACAAAGGAUCAAGUCACUCAUGCUGCUAUGCAGCGUCUGAACACUUAUGGUUGUAAACCAAAUAUUAUAGCAACUACUUCUGAUGAUGAUCUAGGCAAGCUUAUAUACCCAGUUGGAUUUUGGAAAAAAAAGGUAAAGUAUAUAAAAAAGACGUCAGUGAUCCUUCUAGACAAAUAUGGAGGUGACAUACCAAAAACAGUAAAAGAGUUGUGCGAGUUGCCAGGAGUAGGUCCUAAAAUGGCUCAUUUAUGCAUGCGAACUGCCUGGGGAGAAGUAUCUGGUAUCGGGGUGGAUACACAUGUUCACAGAAUAGCUAACAGAUUAGGAUGGGUGAAAAAAUCGACCAAAACACCAGAGCAGACGAGAAAUGAGUUGGAAGAUUGGCUUCCUAAGCCUUUGUGGAGCGAAGUAAAUCAUCUCCUCGUAGGAUUUGGUCAAGAAACUUGUCUACCUCGAUUUCCUAAAUGUUCAGAAUGUCUCAAUAAGGAUAUUUGUUCCUUUGCUUCAAAAGGUGGAAGAACAAAGAAAUGA